AUGACGCCCAACAGGGUAAGCUUGCGUCCACGACUGCUCACCAGCCGCUGUGAACCUACUUACCACAUUCAGCAAGGGUUUAAUAAUCUGACGCUAAGGCACAUGAGUACUCCCUUCUCUGAGGAUAUCAUGAAUUCCCCAAAAGAGCCCAAGGUAAAAACUCCUACCAUUGAAGCCUAUGACGGUACCACAGAUCCCGAUAUGCACUUAGUUGCAUACCGUCAUCAUAUUUAUGUUCAAGGAAACAAUGAAGCCACUUGGUGCAAAUAUUUCCCAGCCAGUCUCAAAGGAGUAGCGUCUAAAUGGUUUGAGCGAUUGCCCUUAGGGUCAAUUGCCUCUUUCAACGAACUGCAAACCCUGUUUUCCACUAGGUUCAUGGCACACAAGGAAGAAAGGAAAACAAGUAUGCACUUGGGACGAAUUCAACAGGGGAAGGAUGAGUCACUGAGAAGCUAUGUGAAACGCUUCAACCUAGAGGUCGGACAAAUCCCAGAUUUGCCGGACGGCGUCUCCUUCGACAAAUAUAUCAGAGGACUGAAGAAGAGAUCCUUUAAGUUUGACCUAGUCAAGAAAAGUGUAAGGACUAUGGCUGAGGUUUUGGACGAGGCCGAAGCAUUUAUCCAUGCAACAGAAAUAUGCAGCGCGUCAAAAGAUGGAAGGAUUGGAGAAGCAACAGAUUCCUCAGGGAAGAAAGACAAGAUAGACAGAAAAUCCACACGAGUAAAUGGUACUUGGGCACUCUCAAAAGAGCAUGAUAACAAUUAUCCUAGACACAAGAGAGAACUUCCACAAGAAAGAGAAUACUUCGAGUAUAACACAGAUGUCCUCACAAUACUGAAAGACCUCGGAACCAGGUAUGACCUUGAACGACCUUUCUCCAUGAAGUCUCCUGCUGAGAGUCGAGACCCUAAGUUUUAUUGCCAGUUCCAUGAAGACAUAGGGCAUGAAACCAAAAACUGCAGAAGCCUGAAGAGAGCUCUAGACGGCCUAGCCUCUAAAGGAUAUCUCAAGAACUACUUACAGAGGAAUGCUCACGGCUCUGGGAAGAGCCAGUACAAAAACAACAAGUCACCUGUCUCACCUACGGAGGGAAAUCACAGUGAAGGGGGGUUUGUAGCCGUCAUAUCUGGGGGACCGCUGGAGGACCCACCAUGA